GGCGCGUUUGGAGCAGCAGCUGAGCGCAGUUACUGGCCAGAUCACAGCUGGUUCAUAUGCCAUCUGUUGCUCAAGUAGUCAUCCUCGCUCGUACGUUUUUUCGUUUUAUUUAUUUAUUUAUUUUACUUUUUCAUGCAAAAUCUGACGCGGAUUGGCGCCUCUAACGGGGAAAGUGAGCAAGUUUUACGCACAAGUUUGGAGAGCAGACGGCAGCCGUAGUCUGCGAGUUUUUGUAAAGCGGACACCUAAAGAUGAACGAGACCGACAUUAUCUGCGAAAACAUAUCGUCGUCCAACUUUAGUGAUUUGUCAUGUUUAACUACGUCUGCCGCGCCUUACAGCCCCAUCGACAUCACCACCUUCAUGCACAUUUUCCCCUCCAUCUAUGGCAUCCUGUGCUCCGUCGGAGUCAUCGCCAACGCGCUGGUGAUCUACGCGGUCGCAGCGUGCAAGAAGAAGAUGGUCUCGGACAUCUACGUGCUCAACUUGGCCAUAGCUGACAUGCUGUUCCUGCUGGUGAUGCCCUUCAACAUCCACCAGCUGGUCAGGGACAGGCAGUGGGUCUUCGGAAACUUUAUGUGCAAGGCGGUGGUGGUGGUGGAUGUCAGCAACCAGUUCACCACCGUGGGGAUAGUUACAGUGCUGUGCAUUGACCGGUAUAUCGCCAUUGUGCAUCCCAGCUCAGAGCGGCGGACCGUCCAGUGGACCAUCGUAAUCAACUUGCUGGUGUGGCUGGGCAGCGUCCUCCUCACCGUGCCCGUCAUGAUCUACGUCAAGGUGAUCCGCAGGGAGCACAUGGAGGUGUGCAUGAUGUACCUGGACGGGCCGGAGGACAUGUACUGGUACACGCUCUACCAAUCCAUCCUGGGCUUCAUCAUCCCGCUCAUCAUCAUCAGCACCUUCUACUCGCUCACCCUCUACCACGUGUUCAGCUCCAUCCGCCGCGUCAAGCGCAAGCAGUCGGUGUGGGCCAAGAGGGCCACCAAAAUGGUACUGAUGGUCAUCGCCUUGUUCCUGAUCUGCUGGUCGCCCUACCACGUCAUCCAGGUGAUCAACCUGAGCAACAACCGGCCCACCAUCGCCUUCGUCUACGCGUACAAUAUCAGCAUCUGCCUCAGCUACUCGCACAGUUGCAUCAACCCGCUCAUGCUGCUCAUCUUCGCCCAGAACUACCGCGAGCGCCUGUGCAGCCGGCAGAGCGCGCUGCACAGCUCGCAGCACUCCUCCAAGGUCACCGUGGUCAAAACCGACGGCUCCAGCUCGGCAAACGACCCCAACUACCGCAUCACGGUCAUCUAGUCCGCUUCACUUAUACGGUGUAACAAAUAGGUGGUGUACUUUUUAGAAUUGUAAACAGAUUUGCUAUUACACAGAAGAAGAAGUAAAAAAAAAAGCCUGAAGCGGCAGCAUCAAAUCCAGCUUUAAUAAAAUAAACUCUAAAUAAAGGCACUGUAAUUUUGUUUUUGGAUGAAUCCUCAGAAAGCACAGGCCGCACACAGCCGGUCGGCUCACGACGGACUGAAUUCCACGGCGCAGCUUCGCUGGUCCUUUCACCAGUACCUACUGUGGCGUCUUCUGGCUGAACAGACAUGAUCUGCUGUAAGUAAUCCAAUCAAGAAGUCACUAUAAGGGCUCAUGAUUUGUAACCAGAGGCCUCAAUAAUCCACAGUUUACUGGUACAGAUAAGAGCUGCUCUGUUUUGAAAUGGAGCAGCCGUAAGGCUUUCUGUGCCACUUGUCACGGUUUUAAAACUUUGUCGCGCAGAACGAGGGACGCUUUUUAUGGAAAUAACUUGUAAAUUGGGUUUACUGCGUUGUAAAGGGUACGUUUAACGGCGGACCGAGCCUGUGAGAGCUAGUUCUCGUUUGUGUUUGGCUCCUUUAAUUGUGAAUAAAGCCCACGUACAAUAAUAAAGUAUAAUUUAUUAUUUAAAAACACACAAAUACUGAAAAAUAAUAUAUAGUUGUAGUUGUCUCUGGCUAUGUUUUCUCAACAUAUCAGAGAGGAUCUUUGAAGGAUUUAAGUGCUUGCUAACGGGGAAAGUACUGUAUUUAUAGCCUGUUGUUAGGACUGGCCCUGCGCUGAUGAAUUGUGUUUGUAGGAAAUGUUGUAUUUAAAGAACAACGCACUGUAUUUAUGAUGAGUGCAGAGUCACACGGUGUUCAGCCCACUUCUGUCGGUUUCCGACGUCAAAUAUUGAGCGCUGUACCAGAAAACUCCUCUCAGGGACUGCUUUACGAAGGUCAGAAAAAUAUACAGCGGCUCUCAACGAUCUCUCAGCCUGUGCAGUUACCACCGCGGUUAAGUAUCCUCUGACAGCUUGCAGCACAACGUUCUGAUGCCGUAUUGAAAUGUUUGAGCCACAUGCCUCAGGAGAGACGAACAUGUGCAUGUAACGUAACAUGUGACUUUAGGAGAUGAAGUCUUGCAAAAGUAUCCACCUCCUUUGAACCGUUUCACACUCCGUCAGCUCAGACUUUAUCGUGUCUUACUGAGGUUUUGCGGGACAGGCCGUCACAACGAGGCGCAGACGUUUGGGGAAAAGGGUAGAUGGUUUGCAAAUUGUACGAUGUUGUGCCUUUUAAUUUCAGUUCCCCAGAGUUAACGCUGUUUAGAACCACUUUUCACCCCCUGCAGCAUGAUACUGCCACCACCGUUUGUCACUGAGGGGAUGGUGUGUUCAGUGUUAGUUUUCAUCACACAGUUUUGCAUGUGGGCCAAAAAGAUCAAUUUCGUUGUGACAUAUUUUUAGGGGAAACCCUGCAAAGAGGACUUUUUAAAACACUCAUGCCGUUCUUUGUGUAGGUUUAAAGUCGCAGCAAAGGGCUUUAAUGUGACAAAAUGUGUGAAAACUUCUACAAGGCACUACAUGUACACGUUGACAUAUGGGUUUAAAUAUAUGUAUAGUUGGAGCAGGUGUUUGCAUUGGUAAUUUAUCAUGUCAUUGUGUUGUUUUCUGUGUAUUUUUGUGACUGCGAAACUAUUUUUAUAAAGGAUUCAGCAAACAACCAGUGAUAUUUCACAAACACUGUAAGGGACUGAUAUCGGUUUUGCAUCAUCGUUCGGUCAAGUGGAGGAUAAAAUGUGAGAGAAAAUGUACAAAAAAAGAUUUACUUUAUCUCUUAAAUAUGAUUAGAUGUUAAAAUAAAGUAUGACGAAUGGGUCAGGAACAAGUGAAUAAAUGCUUAAGGACUGUUUUAUUAUUGUUUAAAAAAAUAGAGCAUAAUGCUAUAAAACAUGACUGAUCAGCACCAAGUGUUCUCCAGUCAUUUUGAUUAAUCGUUUGAAAAAUACUUUUUACUUCGUUUGUGACUUUUUUUUCUUUUUUUUGGAUUUACUCAAGUUAAAUUAAAGCAAGUUGUCACUGUGGAGUAACUAACUCAGACUUAAAGAGUUGUUUAUGAAACCAAACAUGUUCCUGCUUCAUUCCUUGCGUCUGUUUUUCCUGAUUUAGUGCUCUUGUUAUCGUCUUGUAAAGGGUCUUAAUGUUUGUUGUGGCGCUUGAGCACUAAAUGUGAUGUACUGUGACCCAGAUUGCUUCUGCAGAUGUUGCCCCAGAAGUGCUUUGCAAUGUCUGUAAGAGUCCUUCCCUGUGCUUCAAUCAAGGCUUAGUAAAAAUCUGUGGAAAUUUGUAGUUUGUGAAAAUGUGACUUGUAUUUUAUUUAUUUAUUUUUUUCUUUAGUUACCUCCCAUCAUUAAAUAAACAUUUAAAAU